AUGAAUUCCGCAACACAGGGCGACAAGGCCCUCGCGAGCUCCGACUUCCUUGGUGCUAUCCGUUACUUCACACAAGCCCUGAUCGAACUACCUCGUGCGCCGCCAUACUACCUCAAACGAUCGACCGCCUACUCUCGAGUCAAACCAGCAGAUGGAGGCCCCCACUCCCAAGCAGCGCUGCGCGAUGCGGAGAUUGCUCUAACCCUAGCGCAGGAACGUGGAAAGAGGGAGUUAAUCUUAGCUGCUCAGAUGAGACGUGGUGUUGCAUUAUACCAGCUUGGAAAAUAUGGUGAUGCGAGCUUUGUAUUCGAGAUCAUCCAGGGGAAGACCGGCGCGGGCGCGGAGAAUGCGGACAAAUCAGACAGGAUGAAGGAUGCUAUGGGUAUGGCUGGUGGCGCUCGAUCCGCAUCAAAGAAUGGGUAUGAGCAGGAGUUGCCUAUCUGGAUACUCAAGGUCAAAAGCAAGCUUAAGAAUUUGCCUGAGGGGGAUGACAAGGCUGCUGUUACCAUUGCGGAAUAUCCGAGUGGUGUACUAGUUCCGACCGAGAAGGAGCUUAAGAAUCAGUUGGAUACUCUCAAAUCCGGAAAGCUCGGGGAUAGCAGCGCCCAAAGUGAGCCUGCCGCAGCUAGCAAAACGGUCACAGGGGAAGCUUCGACGUCCAAAACGUCGGAUGGCCCAAGUGGUGCGGCUGGAAGCGCCCCUUCUGCAGCUCCUUCCACUGUUCCUCCGUCUGAAAAGGUUCGGCAUGAGUGGUAUCAAUCUAAUGAGACCGUUGUUGUGACUCUCUACGUCAAAGGGGUACCCAAAGAUCAAGUGGACAUUGAAUUAAAGGAUGAAUCGGUAUCUCUCCAAUUCCCUCUCCCAUCUGGCGCUGAGUUUGAUUUCACCCUUGAUCCUUUGUUUGCGUCGGUCGACCCAUCCUCUUCCAAGAUCUCUGUCAUGUCUACCAAGAUUGAGCUUGUCUUAAAGAAACGUGCUCCUGGCCAGAAAUGGAGUGCUCUAGAGGCCUCCGCAGGCGACAUCAAGCUUUCUGGUCGUCAAGUUAUCUCGGACCCAACUCCUGCCGGUAGUUCCGCUCCAGUAUACCCAUCUUCAUCCCGCAAGGGACCCAAAGAUUGGGACAAGUUGGCGUCGUCGCUCACAGCAAAGCCCAAGCCCAAAGACAAAGGCAAGGCCAAGGACGGAGAACCAACGGAUUCAAAAGCAGACGAUGCUGGAGACGAAUCAGACGGUGCCGACUCAGUUGACUCCGACUUUGGCGGAGGUGACGCCGUCGAUGCGUUCUUUAAGAAACUCUACGCCAACGCAGACGAGAAUACCCGUCGGGCCAUGAAUAAAAGUUACUUUGAAAGUCAGGGCACGUCUCUAAGCACUAAUUGGUCGGAAGUGAGCAAAGGAAAGGUGGAGCCUCGUCCACCAAGCGACUGA